CUGGAACGAGCCUCGCCAUCAUCCUUACCGACCUCGUACAGCUCCCGCAGCUUGUACGUCGUCGUAACCCAGCUCUCGGGCCCGGUCGUAGGACCUUCACCGCAAGUAGACGAAGCGGAGCUCGCAGGAGGGCUUCGGUACGACGCCUCGGAAGCUGAGGCUGCCCGCCCGAGGCGUCAGGGCUCGAUCUUGCGCGACGGCGAGCCCGUCGGUAUGUGGGACAGUCGCACGGCGUGGGACGAGAAGCUGCAUGUGGCCGCGUACGGAGUGGACCGGCAUGCCGCCCUAUUCUUGACCGUCGCCGUCUGGAGUUGGACAACCUCCACCCGGCUUGGCUCGGAACACUGA